AUGUCAAGGAAUCCACCAGAUAAUAAUGCAUACAGGAUUCAAGUGAGCAAUGUGACUGCAGUCACUGAGUUUAUACUAACAGGCUUCACAGAUGAUGCGGACCUGCAAGUCUUCCUAUUUGUGUUAUUUCUUGCCGUCUACCUUUUUACUCUGACAGGAAAUUUGGGAUUAGUUUUACUGGUCAUUGUGGAUUCUCGGCUCCACAACCCCAUGUACUAUUUUCUAAGUGUUUUAUCAUUCUUAGAUGCCUGCUACUCUACAGCUGUCACUCCAAAGAUGUUAGUCAAUUUCCUUGCAAAGAAUAAAUCCAUCUCAUAUCCCGGAUGUGUGACUGAAAUGUUCCUUUUUGUCACUUUUGGAACGACAGAAAGCUUUCUGCUGGCGGCAAUGGCUUACGAUCGCUAUGUGGCCAUCUACAACCCACUUUUGUACUUAGUGAGCAUGUCACCCAGAGUCUACAUACCACUCAUCAUGGCUUCAUAUACUGGUGGAAUUCUGCAUGCUGUGAUACACACAGUGGCCACUUUCAGCCUUUCUUUCUGUGGAUCCAAUGAAGUUAAGCAUGUCUUCUGUGAUAUUCCCCCGUUGCUUGCUAUUUCUUGUUCCGACACCCACAUCAACCAGCUUCUUCUCUUCUACUGUGUGGGCUGUGUUGAGAUCGUUACCAUCUUGAUUGUCCUAGUUUCCUAUAGUUUCAUUCUCUUUGCCAUUCUGAAGAUGCGAUCUGCGGAAGGAAGGAAAAAAGUCUUCUCUACAUGUGGCUCUCACCUUACUGGAGUGUCAAUUUAUCACGGGACAAUCCUCUUCAUGUAUGUGAGACCAAGUUCCAACUAUACCUUGGAGCAUGACAUGAUAGUGUCAACAUUUUACACCAUUGUGAUUCCCAUGCUGAAUCCUCUCAUCUACAGUUUGAGAAACAAAGAUGUCAAAGAGGCAGUGAGAAAGUUAUUUAACAGAAAUUGGUUGAUUAACAAAAUGCGCUUUUAA